AUGUCACGGUUCGGCGGCCCACGGUCCUCUGUCGACGACAUAGGCCGCGAUAUACCUCAGCGAUGGGAUCGUGACCGCUUCGACAGGUUCGGCAACCGUGGACCACCGCCUCGACAGUAUGAGGAAGACUAUCACUUUGAGGAGCGAGAUCGGCCAGGCCGACGAGACGUCCAAGUCAUUGACCGUAUAGACGAGCGAGGCCCGCGCGGCAGCUUCCACGAACGUGAUCGCUACGUUGAAGAAGACCGCUUUGCUGCUCCAGGACGGCCAAGGCGAAGAACAGAUCGUGAGCUCUUUGGUGACGUAGAUCCACGCGAGCUUGCCGAGAUGGCUCUCACGCCAUAUCGCCGUAAGAGCAUCAGCCGCGAGGAGGAUACGUAUGAGCGUAGAGCACCUGCUCCGCCUAGACCUGGCUUGCUUCGCAGGCAGAGCAGUUUGGACACUUUCGACCGCCGAGCACCUGCACGAUAUGAGCGCGAGGACUACAGAAUGCCGGCAUACACACCGGUACCACUACCGAUCAGGCGAAGGGACGAUAUGUACGAGGAGCGAGACAGGUACAGAGCGCCAGAGGAUUACCGCGAAGUAGAGAUUACGCGCGAGCGCUCGGUGCAUCGUCGCCGAGGAGAAGAUGACGCCAGAAGUGAGGCACAAAGUGAAGCCAGAAGCGAAGCGAAGAGCAGGAAGAGUCGUGCGAAGACCGCCACCGCCAAGUCUGUCACUACAAGGCGAACAUCGCCGAGCUCCGCGAGUAGCGAGAGCUUCGAGGAGAUCGAGAAGGCCGAGUCGAUACGUGAGAGUAUUGCGGAGACUGCACGCAAGGCCAAGAAGGGCAAGACUCGCAUGCCGAAACGACUUGUGCGUAGCGAGGCAAUCCAAGAUCUGGGCUAUCCUUACGAUGAGGAGGACGAUUUUUAUGUGCUGCGUAUCGCUUUGGAAAAAGAGCAGAUUGACGAAGUCAUAAAGAUCAGUGAGCAAUACAAAGAGAAUGGCACGAAACGAGUCUACCGCUUCGAAGAGAAGAUCGAGGAGUCAGGGCCGCCAGCUCUGCCACGACCACCGAUUGGCGAGCAUGAAGAAGUGAUCCGCACCGAGUGGGUCAACCCACCGAGCGUGAUCAUGGGUGGUGCACGAUCAGAACGUGCCAAAUCUGUUCGGGCAUCCUCACCUAGCAGCCGGAGCACGACUACACGCCGUACGUCUCCAGCUCGUACUCACCGCACCCGCGCCUCACGCUCUCGCGCUCCAAGCUCUCCUGGCACCAUGUACGAAGAACGCCGCACGGUGAUUGAAGAAGAGCGCAUGCCGCCGCCACCGAACUACCCAGCACCACCCGGCGCCUUCCCAGCUCGAUCGCACUAUGGAGGCGAAGAAUUCUUCGAAGAGCGCAAGACUGUUAUCGAAGAACGUGGCGGCCCUCCACCUCCUCCUCCAGGUGCACCCACUUUGCCCAGUGGUGCUCUCGUGAUCCGCGAACGUGAGUACCGCAACGACCGGGACAUUCAAUCCGAGAUCAGACAACUAGAAGCUGAGCGUCGAGCCCUCCGACUCGAGCGCGAGGCCGAAGAGAAGCGCGACAUGGCUCUCCGGCUCCGCGAACAUCCAACCGACGAGUUCCAGCUCGUUGAGUACAGAGAACGUAGGCCUGGACGAGAGGAAUUGGAGAUUGUGGAGAGGGAGAAGAGUCCAUCCCGAAACGUGUUGAGGGUUGAGAAGGAUCGGAAAGUGCGUAAGGGUCCCAAUCCGAAGCUUGUGGCUGCUGCAUUUGCUACACUCUCCUAG